AUGCCACAUUUUUUAGAGUAUGAACGAACCAUUUUAGAGGAAAUUAAUGAAAAAUCAACAGUAGUAGUCUGUGCACGUGGCAUUUCAACAGAUAACGUAGUUGGCGAGUUGCUGAAUAUGUACGCAGAUGACUUCUCGCUCUGUCUGGUUCUUAAUUGUGAUAGAACUGAAAUAAACCACUUUAAAAACACAGUAUUGUCAAAAAAGAAGUUUUAUGACAUCACAAGGACGCAGAUACAUCGUAGAAAGAAGGAAUAUAAAGGUGGAGGUGUGUUCUUUGGGACAGCACGCUGCUUCUUGACUGAUUUUGUCAACAAAAACAUUCAGGUAGACAAAAUUAGUACAAUUUUCAUUAUGAAUGCUCAUAAAGUACGGGAACAUUCAUCCAUUGCGUUUAUACUACACAUAUUCAGAGAAUAUAACGCAUUGCAUCUUGUAAAAGCAUUUGUAACAUCUCCCUUGCAACUAACGCAGUCCAUUUCUGAUUUGUGUUACACGCUGCAAUGCCAAACUGUCAAGUUCUUGCCCAGGUUCAAAGAGUGUUUUAAUGAAUUCAAAGAGUUCAAUUUUGAACACAUUGGACUAAAUCAGAGUACACAACUACAUAGGAUUGCUGAUUUAAUCACAGACAUGAUUGAUAUACUCCUUCAGAUUGAAUUCAAAUCAUUACCACGAGACCUGAUACCAAAUUAUAAGGAUGCUGUCAUCUGUUUGAAAUAUAGAGACAACAGCGACAUCAGAAACUUCAUUUGCUUGCUCAAUUUAUUGUAUAACGUAGAUCCACUGACAUUGUACAUUUUCUAUGGCAAGAUGCUUUAUGCACAAAAUGAUUUGGGCGAAAAAGGAAGCUGGGGAUUCUCAGAAGUAGCCCACGAAAUAUUCGAAGAAAUCACAAAUUAUGCAGAAAAUGAAUUCAUUGACUUGAAGGACGUUAAAUUCAACACGGAAGUGGAUGAGGGUACAUACACCUGUUCUAGCACUAAUGAAGGCGAAUCAGAUAGAGAACAUAUUCAGAUUGAAGAUUAUUUAAGUGUUGUGGAGACACAAUUCGACAAGAACAAUAAAUUGGAGACACUCAGAAGAUUGGUACAAGAAAAUAGAGAAAAAAGGAUACUGAUUCUGGUACAGAAUAAGAUAGUUGAAAAGGUAGUGAGAACUGUAGUACGAGAUGCUGUAAUUGAGACACAUGGAAUGCUGAAAUAUCUUGAAUUCAACUACGACGUGGUCGUAAUGCUCAAUUUGAAUCUAUGCUCAUUCAGGUUACUUGAAUACAAAUUCACAACUGGAAAUGAAUUUGAGUUAUUUGUGCUGUGCUACAACAAUUCAGUGGAAGAGGAAUUCUACUUUGAGGAGACUGAACGAGAAAGAGAGCAGUUUGAGAAGAUGAUGGCUGAACGAAUCACAGUGCCAAUAAAACAGGAAAUUGAAUAUUUUGAUAUGGAGGAUAAUAAUGAGAAUGGGUUUGUGAUAGUUGUUGAUGUAAGAGAAACACGUUCUAAAUUGCCAUUCUAUUUGCACAAAACACGAAAUAAGAUCGAGAUUAAAACACUUCCCAUUGGAGACUAUGAAAUGAAUGUUGGGGAUGAUCAGAUCAUAAUUGAACGAAAGAGCGUAACCGAUUUCAAAAAUAGCAUCAAUUCAAAUAGAUUGUACCAUCAGGGACAUCGAAUGUGCAAUGCGUACAAAUAUCCAUUCUUAUUACUUGAAUUUGAUUCAGGUAUGCCAACAUUCUAUGGUUAUGAAAAUGAUAACGUGUAUGGUAGAACAAUGUAG